GUUCAGCUCUUCACGGAUUGUGCAUCACUGAAACAAAAUCCCGAGCCGAGCACUUGAAUUUGCUUGGCAAAUGCACGUUCCACCAUGGACCAACAGAAAAAAUCAAAUGCGCGUCGCGUUUUCCUCAACAUUGCGAUUGUUUUAGCAGUGUUAUACAUCAUAAUUGUGACUUUUUUUGUGGUUCAUCAACACCAGUUGGCAGUCCUGCAAUCCGACAUCGUGCGGCGACUUGAAGCUCGUGUUGAAAAGUUGGAAAACAGCGGCUUCACAGCUCAGAAAACGGACAGAAAUUCUGUGGGUGAGGCCGAUCGUGUUAUGGAGGAGAAAUCUGCGCGUUUAAAAACGAAGCUUGCCGUUCCUGAUCUUCCUCGUGGUAGAGACAAAAGGCAGUUUGAGGGCUACUGCCCGUGUUUGCAAGGCCCGAAAGGAGAUGCUGGACCUCCAGGUCGGCGAGGAAAGAAAGGUAAAAAAGGGCACAAGGGAGACCAAGGACCAGCUGGUCCCGUGGGUCCUAAGGGAGAACCAGGAACAAAUGGGGAGCCUACUAAGGGGCAGCAAGGUGACCCAGGGCCCAGAGGUCCCAAAGGAUUGAAUGGAAUGAAUGGUACCCAAGGUCCAGCAGGUCUUCCUGGUACCCCUGGAGUUAAAGGAGACAGGGGGGAAGUAGGCAUUCAAGGACCUAAAGGGGACCCAGGACCACCAGGAGCUUCGAUGAGUGAAAGCAUCCAUCUUGUUGGUGACGGACAGAAAAUUCAAAAUCCAACAGGCUUCCACCGCAUUUCGAACUGGAACGAGAGGCACAGAGAAGGCAGCAUCGAAUAUCAUUCGACCACCGGAUUCAUAGAAGUGAAGAAAAAAGGUUACUACUACAUCUACAGUCAGAUGUACUAUUAUGAUGGUUCCACAGUGCUGAUGGGUCAUCAUACGUACAUCAAUCACGAAAAGGUCAUGGAAAGUGCCGGGAGCGUUAUAGGUCCCAAACGGAAGUAUAACACCAAGUAUCAUGGUGGAGUUUUCUUAUUGCAGGAAAACGACACCAUCUCAGUCCACAUACCUUACACUACGCACUACUUCAUGGAUAGUGAGGGCAGUUUCUUUGGGGCAUUUCUGCUCCAUUAUAUCGACUAAAUAGAGGGAAUGACAAAACAACAAUACCUCCUUUAAACUUGAAGGGAGAAUUUUGUGCCCCUCCAAUGUCUAUAAUCUACCAUUCCGUAGCACUUGAGUCUGUUUGUGACUUGGUAGGCGACUUAGGCCCUUCGUUUUUUCAGACUGAGAUUUCCCUUUUGAGUAAAAAAAGUCUGAAGAAGGGACCGUACUCAUUUAUGGUAGAAUUUUAUCAUUUACCAGAUAGCAAAAGGGUUUACAUGAACUUUACGUAGAUCGCUUCAAGUCACGCUUUUUUUAAAGAUUUGUUUGAAGUUUAGGCCGAUACACACGAGGAAAUUACCCUGUAUUUGAUAUCUUUCCACGGAAUGCAAAUUUAGUUUUUUGUAGCUGUCUGAUAGGCCUCAAUGCAGAGAUACUUUUCCGUGUUCCAGGCUUAAAGUUGAACAUGUUUUGUCCACUUGUCACGUGGUCUUGAUGCCGCCGGAUCUGUGCCUCUUGCUGGUUCCUCAGACACGCCUUUUUCAACUUUGCAAGAUUUGUAUUGAACUUGUUCCCAAAGGCAAAAGGAAAUUGUAUUUAUCCAGGUUACUAUUAGAACAAUACCACGUGAUCAAAUGUUACACAGUAGUAUGGGACAGAGAGAAUACAUAACCAUUGACAGAUACGUUCAUUGAUCAGAUAUAUGACUAACUGAUACAAGUUUCGUAGUACGCGAUUCGUUUAAAAGUCGUGAUACCGAUUCAGCUAUUACAAUGGUAUUUAGGAGGCCUUUCAAAGCAUGCAAGAGGGAGUAAAUUACACAUCAAUCGAUAAUGAGUGAAAAUUUUCUACUCAAGUAACAUAGUAGUGAAAAUCAUCAUCCCAAUUGGUUUACUGGUUUCUCGAACAUUCAUGAUUUCAAUUUCUGAUCAAAAAAUUUAGCAGUAAUUUUUCCAUCAAGACUGCGUUUAUUUCAUUUCAGUAACAAGACGCACGGUGAGGAACUGGCAAUUGAAAUACAGAUCAGGCAGACUUCAGUUCGAUCAAGGCUUCAUUCGAAUACAAAUUGCUGGAUUUUAUUUCGUGUA